CCAUUCCGAAGGCAAACAUCAGAAUUCCUCUACAAGAGGAAUUUGUUCACGAGAAAAUGGAGUAUGAGAGGGUCACAGUGCCUUCUCACGUUUGGACAGCUCUUUGUUAUAAACACCACACUAAUGACAUGAAGUCAUUUUCCCUUGGCUACAUGGGGCAAAACCAGUUAGACAGUGACAUCAAUGUGAUGCCUGUUUCAAAAAUGAAUUCUGUUCUGGAAAAACAAUAUGGUACUUCAGUUAAGAUUUUUGAUGAUCACUGUUUCUCAGAGAAUAUGAAAUCUCAAGAGUUUGCCAGCAGCCUUUAUAACCAAGUACAACCGCCAGGGAGCCUAAGGCACGGGAUACCCCCAAAUAUACUGUAUAUAAUUGAAACAGCCCUGAAAUACACAGGUAAAUUAUUUCCACAGAACAGUGCUGCCGGAAACAACUCCAGUGUUGCCGAUGUGACUAUAACAAAAUACUUUGACAGUGCAGUCACUUUUUUUAAAAUGUUGGAGGAAAUGAAAUACAAGGAUAAAACCACAUGUCUUCUGACCAGAGUUAUUAAACCAAAUGAUAAGCUCGGAAAGGGAAACUUGCUUCAUGUAUCCAAACAUAUUGAAUGUCGCCUAGCGCAAGAACAAUCUGAUGUUACAGUGGGACGCCCCAAUGCAGCAGAUGGGAGCCCCUGUAAAGAUGAGCCAGUCUUAGGCCACCGAUGUGUAUGUGCCACAGAAAGUGGUUACAAAGGCUGCUGUACCUCCCCCUGUCUGUAUCAGGAAAAGCUGAAGGGCUACCGGUGUUACUCCGGAGAUACUCAGAUAGAGUGCUCACCCCAAUACUCAGCCAUCACAGUAAAAGGACAGAACUGUUUGAUCAACCACCCCUGUGCCACAUACGGCAAAGACCAUUACUGGUGUUACACAGACUCAGAUAACUGGGACUACUGCAGCCCCCCUCUGUGGCAAAGCAUCACCAUAAAUGGGAAAUCCUGCCGUUUUAACCAUGCCUGUGGCACAUAUGAUAGAAGUUACCACUGGUGCCACGUUGAUAAUGACAGCAAUUGGAACUACUGCUGUACUCAUGAUGACUGCUUCUCAGCUAUAAAUGGUAAAAUCUGCAAGCCUGACCAUUCCUGUGGCUACCACAAUAAGGGGUACCUGUGGUGCUACACCACUGAUGGCAAAUGGGAAUAUUGUUGCAAGCAAUGUACGGAGUAG